GAGGGAGCGAAUCUCGUUAAAGUAACUCAACUCCUUUCUCUCUCUCUCUCUCUCUCUCUCAAUUUAAGCCAAUUUUUUGGAAACGCCCGCGCUCUUUAUUUGCCGAUAUUUCCAAUUUCCAUUAUCAUUUCAAUCUACCAAGUUUACAAACUUCACCACAUUCUCUCUCUCUAAAUCCUUCCCUCAUCUUCAAGCAAUCCCCGCCCGGUACGAAACCUUCAACUCCUUUUACCUACAUUUUUCAAUUCGUGUUUUUGGUUUCAUGAAUUCUUCAUUAUUUUUAGCAUAUAUUAUUCAAUUGGGCUGCUUGAUUCCUUGACUUGAAUGUGCUAUGAAGUGAUUAUGGUAUGGAAGAAUUGAGGCAAUGCCAAUGACCAAUGUCAUGUGCUGCGGUGAUUAAUUUAUUUAACUCCGUAUUUGAUUAGUCUUUAAGCUGUUGUCUCAUUGAUGCUAUUAAUUUAUUCCUUAUUCUAACUGUCUCCUCGCGUGGUUUCUCCCUUGAGCCACGUUGAUGUUUCGUGCAUUUGAUGCAUUUCGUGUUCCCCUCUCCCUCUCUCUCUCUCUCUCUAUAUAUAUAGAUGUAUAUGUGCGUUGAAUUUUGUGGAGGUGUCUGUAAUAAUUGGCUGCAUUUUGGUUGCUCUUGCUGAAGGAUCCAGAUUUGCUUGAAAGUUUAGAUUUCUUUUAGAAAAUGGCAAAAGGAAGCAGAGGAAGAGGCAGGAUUGCAUCACGACAGUGUCAGGGAGAACCAUACCCCUCACCAUCUGGUAAUCAUUCAGUGGACAUGAAUGAAAAGAAAUGCUCCAAAAAAUCUGAAAAGAAAUGCUGGGAUGAUGCAAUAUGUUCUGUAUGUAUGGAAUAUCCUCACAAAGCUGUCCUUAUUCUGUGUUCCUCUCAUGACAAAGGCUGUCGUCCCUACAUGUGCGGGACUAGCUUCCGCUACUCAAAUUGCCUUAAGCAGUACAAGAAAGCUUACACUAAAGUAACAUUUCCACGGAACAGUCAAUCUCCCCGUGGUUCAACUAGUAGCCCAACCACAGCCCCGUUUUCUGCCUGGCAUGCUGGGAACUGUGAGACCAUUGAACUUGCAUGUCCUCUUUGUCGUGGACAGGUGAAGGGGUGGACAGUGGUUGAACCUGCACGAGAAUACCUAAAUGCUAAGAAACGAAGUUGCAUGCACGAUGGCUGCUCUUUUGCUGGAAACUAUAAGGAGAUGCGUAAACAUGUUAAGGCAGAGCACCCAUCUGCUAGGCCACGUGAAAUCAAUCCCCUGGUUGAACAGAAAUGGAUGCAGCUUGAACGGGAACUAGAGAGGAAUGAUGUCAUCAGUGCAGUAACAUCAGCAGUGCCCGGGGCUGUUGUUUUUGGUGAUUAUGUAAUUGGAGAGCACUACGGUUCUGAAUCAGAGGAUGAGGAUGAGGAUGGAUUUGAUGCAGAAGUGGAGCAGAAUGAAGAUUUCAGAAUGAGAGCCGAUAGCAGUUGGAUGAGCUUUCUACUUUUUCUGCAGGCCUUUGGUUCAGCACAUGGUAGUCGUUCAGAUAGAGAUACGAGGCAUCAGGGUAUAGAUUCAAAUCAUGGACUGGGUGAAGGCACUGUUAGAAUUAACAACCCACCUCUUAGAAUUAACAACCCCCCUCUUAGAAUCAACAACCCCCCUCUUAGAAUCAACAACCCCCCUCAGAUUGGUACUUUUGGUUUCCCAGAUGAAGAUAGUGGUGGUAUUGCUGAAGAUGUUCAAGAUAAUCAUACAACCAUACAACACUAAUUCUGCAUCUCACCAAGAUAGAGUCCUUUUGCAGCGCUCUGGGAGAAGGUGGCAGAGCCAAGCCAAUGGAGGUCAAUAAUAGAUGUUGUCAAUUGAAGUUUCAAAAUGGUAAGGAAAAUAUGAAAUUUUAGGCUCACUUUUAGUCUUUUAAAAUGUACUAAUGUACUCCAUAACUUUUUAACUAUACUCUGACAUGGCCUUCUUCUCACUGAUGCUCAAAAGUUGAAGUUGAUGUAUUGUUUGGUGAUUCUGUGAACAUUUUACUUGUCAAUAACUGAAAUUGAUGUAGUUUUUCUUGUAAUUUCAUUAAUUUUUUUAAUCAAAA